UUCAUUUUAGAGAGGUCCCGCCCGGGUAACCACCACCGCGCCAAUUGACCAUAUUAAAACUACAGGCGUUCCAAUAUUCAGCAAACGAUCAUUCCCCCAAAUUCCUUUCAUCAAUCUUCAUCGUUCCGGCUACGGCCGGUGCCAUUAACUAUCCAUCAAUUCAGGAAAAAAGGAUUUUGUAACUAUACCUAUCCGAUUCGGUUUGUUUUUUGGAUACGGAGAUGGAUACCGAGCUGUUGGAGAUUCAGCCUAACGAACUUAAAUUCAUAUUUGAAUUGAGGAAACAGAUCUCUUGUUCUAUUCGACUGGUCAAUAAGUCAGAUCACCAUGUUGCUUUUAAGGUUAAGACUACCUCUUCAACGAAAUACUGUGCCAGACCAAUUACUGGAGUUAUUAAGCCAAAUCUGACAUAUCUUAUCACAGUUACUAUGCAAGCACAAGAAGUAGCGCCACCGGAUCUCAUAUGCAAUGACAAGUUCUUGAUACUAAGUAAAGUUGUUCCCAGGUGGACAAAAGAUGAUCAGAUCACGUCCAAUACGUUUUCUAAAGAGGAUCCUAAGCUCAUUGCGGAAAGGAAGCUUAAGGUGAUCCUUGUCAGCCCUCCCCACUCACCGGUACUGCCUUCUAUGAACGGGAUGUCAAGAGUGAGGCCAUAUUUUGCUGUCAGGGAAUCACGUGAUGACUUAGUUCAAGACAACCCUCGUGUAAAUGUUGAUGGGGACAUAGAGGUGUCCAGAAGUAAAAGUGAACUUUUAGAGGCUACGAAGAAUAAACAAUCUAUAAACAGGAAGCAUAUUGAAGAGCUCCGAUUAAACAAUGAUGUAGAAGAGAUGAAGUCAAAACUGAGAGAGUUCGAGUCAAUACUUAGACAGGACAACUUGAGAACCAAUAAAAACCCCAGAACAGGAGUGACUGGAGUUCACAUUUUCUUUGUUUUUAUGGUGGCACUUGCUAGCCUUUACCUUGGAUACGUGUUGCACCAUUGAUGAGGAAGGUUUAGCAGGUUACUAGUCCGAGCAUCAGAUUUGGGUCUAUGAGUGUGACAUCUUAAUAUCAUACAAGGCUAGUUAAUACAGUCAUUGACCAUGUAAAGAACUUUGUAAUGUUGAUCGACUGGAUUUUGAUAGCAGCUUAAAGAUUAAACUUGACUUUAAAUGGUUAAGUUAUCUUGGCAGUCAUUCCACCGAUCAAAAUAAGCGGUCUGAAAUUGAGCCAAAUUGCUUAAAGAGCCAAAUUUUUAUAUUUUUUGAAAAGGCAAUAUUGAUAUCAGAUUUUUCUGCCGAA